AUGUCCAAAUACGUCAAACAACCGCAAAAUAAAAGGCAUAAGAAGAACGAGACGUCUCUAUCUCUGUCAUCAUCGUCUAGAUCGUUAUCGUUGCUUUCCCAUGAUGUUACUUUGAACUGCUUGUCCCGUCUCUCAAGAUUGGACAGUGCGGUCUUGUCUCUAACCUCCAAGAGCUACAGCUCUCUCUUAGUGUCACAUGACUUCUGCCGCACACGUGAGUUGAUGGGUUGUAAAGAGGAGUACUACUAUGUUUGCUUAAGCAUCCCUCCUUACCCAACUCCACGUUGGUUCAUACUUCGUCGUGGAGGGCCAAGUCUAGAUGAUGUCGCCGUGGCGAAGAAGUCUGUGAAUCGGUGGUUGAGACCUAUCCCAACGUACCCUUAUCAGCCUCCAGAAUCAUCUUCUUUCGUGGUGUUGGAUUAUGUGAUCUAUGUAAUCGGUGGGGUAAUACAAGGAACACCUACUUCAGAUGUCUUGGUUCUUGAUUGUCUCUCUCACUCUUGGCGUCGCAUUAGGUCUAUGAGAGUAGCUCGUGCUUCUGCUGCUGCAAACGUUGUAGAUGGGAAAAUUUACGUGUUUGGAGGUUGUAAAGAGUUUGAUUCCUCUAACUGGGCAGAGGUUUUUGAUCCAAAGACACAAACUUGGGACACAUUGAUAUUACCUGAUUUAGAGAUAUGUAAGAACACAAGUAUGAUUGAGAAAAGUGUAGUGAUUGAAGAUAAAGUUUAUGUGGUGGACGAGGAAGAACAAUGUUUUUACUACAUGCCACGUGAAGGUAUAUGGAGAAGAGGUAUUCGAGAUUCUAAGUUAGGAAACAGAAAAGACUGGUGUGCUAUAGGGAAACUGUUAUAUUGUUAUGGUACUCGCGGGAAGAUACUAUGGUGUGAGGCGGAUGAGUUGGAUCGUUGUGAGGCAGAGGAGUUGAAUUGGAGAGAAGUUGAGGGUUUAGGUAUAUUGCAGUUUGGUUCAAAAGCAUGUAAACGUGGUAUUGAAGAGAGUCUUGCUUGGAAGCUACACUGGACUAUGAAUAGUUUCAGCAGACUAAGUAGCAACUCUCGUGGGAACAUUGUUGUGUUUUGGAAAGUGCUUAUCCCUGGUACUGGGAAGUUGCAGCUUUGGUGUGCAGAGAUUUCUAUGGAGAGAAGAAGCCAAGGAGGUGGGGUUUGCGGGACAAUUGAGUGGACUGAUGCUGUCUCUGGACUUGGUCCUAAUUCGUAUACUGUUAAGGUUUUGUAUUCUGUUUCUCUCAAUGUUUGA